AUACAGCACGAGUUCGACGACGUCACCUCUCUGGGGGAGGAUGGCACUACGGAGGAGGAUCUCUUGCGGAGCUGGAAGUCAAAACUCAAGCACUUCUUCAUCCUUUCUGCAUCCGGCAAGCCAAUCUACAGCAGACAUGGCGACGAUCAGCAAAUCAGUCACUACGUGGGCGUAGCACAGACUUUGAUCUCCACGUAUCAGGAUCAAAAGGACUCGCUGAACAGCUUUCACGCUGGUGGCACUCAAUUCGUCAUGCUUUCUCGAGCUCCUUUGAAUCUUGUUGCGAUCAGUAGGCUGCCAGAGAGCGAGGCGCAACUCAGGAACCAGCUAGAGUCACUCUACAUGCAGAUUCUGUCGACUCUGACCUUACCGAGUAUGGAGACGAUGUUUCGCAAUCGACCGUCUACAGACCUGCGUAGGCCCUUACAAGGAACCGAUGUUCUGCUUGAUGGUCUCGCCGAUGGCUUCACGCGAGGCUCACCCUCCACCCUACUCUCUGCGCUGGAAUCUCUUCGUCUCCGUAAGACGCAGCGACGAACGAUCAACGAUUCACUCCUCAAAGUCCGUUCCCAGAAUCUGCUUUACGGACUCAUCGUAGCUGCGGGCCGGCUUGUGAGUGUAGUGCGGCCAAAAAAGCAUUCUUUACAUCCCGGAGAUUUGCAAUUGAUCUUCAACAUGCUGUUCGAAGCUCGCAGCGUAAGAGCCGGAGGUGGUGAGAAUUGGAUUCCACUUUGCCUACCAGGCUUCAACAACACCGGCUACCUCUACAUGUACGUCAGCUUCUUCGCGACAAACGAAAGCACGACGGAAGCAGUCGAAGAGCGCCAAGCAGACGCCGCAAAAGAUGACGAGCUCGCCAUUGUGCUCAUAAGUGCCAACAAGGAAGCUUUCUACGAGUUACGCAAGAUGCGCGACCGACUCAUUUCACAGCUUGAAGCCAACGGCAGCAUGACUGCAAUCAAGACUGAAAUUCGGAAAGGUCAUGCUCCUUGCUCCGAAAUCGUACCGGGGACAGCAUUGCGACACUUCCUCUACAAAUCAAGAGGAAACGUGCAAUUCGUCAUGCCGUCCUUCGAGCCACAUUUUACCGGCACCGUGGCCAGACGUCGACUCAUGAAUCUUUACUCUCAGCUUCACGACAGUAUACAUUCCCGAACGGCGCACUUGAAAGUGCAACAUAGCAUUGCAAAUGACUCCACGGCUCUGGCAUGGGAAACUCCGCUUUUCGAACUGUACUGUGUUGCUGGGCCGAAUGCUUCAAGAGCGGCUUUGGCGCAAGGUGCCAAUAAAGUGCUCCAAUGGAUCAGACGCGAAGAGGAGCGGGUCUUCAUCAUUGGCGGCGCGGUGUUCUAG